AUGUCACAAAUAAGCACGAGUAUCGGCAAAAUCCUCGACGCUGUCCCGCAUCUCCGUCGAGGACCGGGAGGCGUGGUGGGCGUCGUCAAGGAUGGCGAAUGCAUUGGACUGCGAGCAUGGGGAUAUGCAGAUCUCGAUCAAUGCAUUCCCAUGACCACGAAGACGAUUUUUCCGAUAUGCUCGAUCUCGAAACAGAUGGUCUGUCUAGCCAUGGUAUCGCUGUUGAAGAAUCCCACGGCAGCCAUGACCGCCCGAAACGAAGAAACGAAUAAGCAGUUCGACCAAGAAUUGAAGCGACUGCUACCAAACCUGGAUGUCAGCGAACUCAAGUUGGCGGAUCUAUACAACAUGCAGUCCGGUAUACGAGACUACUGGGCGAUGACAACACUCUGGGGUGCGAGACCAGACGGCCAAUUCUCCUUACUGCACGAUGCAGACGAGGCUCUCAAACGAAUCAAAUCAUUCCACUUCAAGCCAGGCACCGAGUACUCCUACUCAAACGUCAAUUUCCACGUCCUCGGCCGCAUACUGGAGAAUGUUUCGGGCAUGUCACUCGCUCAGCUCCUGGCCGAGAGACUCUUCAUCCCUGCUGGAAUGACCACGGCUUCAUUGAACCCUAACACUUAUGGUCUACCACUGCCAAUCGUUGGGUACGAAGGAACUGAGAAAACGGGGUACUUCGCAGCAACGAACCGGAUUGAGUGGGCUGGCGACGCGGGGAUCGCAGCUUCUUUGGAGGACAUGGUUGCUUACGAGAAGUACCUCGACCGCAGUCUAUCGGAGUCUGAGAGCUUUUAUACCGAGUCUUCACAAGCACAGAAGUUUCGCGAUGGCAAGGCUGCUGCUUAUGGGUAUGGUCUUGCACGCUUCGAGAUUGCUGGAAAGCAGGCUAUCGGGCAUGGCGGUGCACUGCGAGGAUUCAAGCAUGAGCGAUUGCAGAUACCGUCUGAGCGGCUAUCGGUGGUGGUCAUGCACAACUAUGAGACGCCCCCUAACGUACCUGCCGAGUAUGUUGUGAAGCAGAUGGUCGGGUUCAAGGAGCCUGAGCACCCUGAUCUAGUAGCCGAUGGUGAGUGGAAAGGUGACUAUCUUGAUCCAGAUACGCAACUCUGCAUCUCCGUGAAGGAUGGAGACCGAGAGAAGCCGAAUACCUUAGGCAUCAGUUACGGCCCGGGCACAGGCGAAGAAGCCGUCACUUUGACCUCUGAGCACGAAGCUGCGUCCGACUCCAUGAAGCUGAAGCUUGAAGGCGAUACUCUUCACGUCCAGCGCCUGAAUGAGAACAGAACCUUGAAAGCCUCGAGGCUCCCUCCAUUGACCGAAGAUGAUCUAGCCAGUACCGUAAGCUCAGACUAUACCGGAACCUACCACUGCGAUGAAUCAGAAAGUACUUUUAACGUAACCGGCGACCACGGUACACUGUACGGCUCAUUCGACGGCUUCCUUGGCAAAGGUCCUGUCUGGCUCAUGAGAAGAAUUGGAAAGGACAUCUUCUUGCUAGGCAACCCGCGAGGUCUUGAUUCCACUCCUCCGGGUGACUGGACAGUGGUCUUCAGUCGGAAGGAUGGUGAGAAAGUGGAGGGCUGUACAGUUGGCUGUUGGUUGGCAAGGAAUGUGGCGUAUGUCAAGAAGUGA